ACACAACAUGCUGCGUUUAUAUUUUUGUUCAGUGUACAUCUCACACAGACAAUAUAAAGUCCAGUAGAAACAUGGAUUGUAUUUCUAUGAUAAGACAACAAUGUAAUAAUAUAGCCUAGAUAAUGUGAUAUCACGCAUACAUUAAUUGAUGCUGCUAACAAUAAGAUUACACAUUGAGCAUAAAUACUCGGUACACCUGAGUUUGCCAGGGGGUCUUAUCUACCUACCUCACCAUGUAGUGUCAACGAUGCAUUGUGGGAUGAAAUAAGAUGCUGGCAGAGAGGAGCUGGUAGAAAAUGCUCGCAACACAAGAAGAGGUGGCAGCGCAGCCAAUCGCAGUCUAAGUGGCGUAGGGCAGCGUGUUAGGGCGGGGGAGGUAUUUUGCAGGGCAGUUUCCCAUAUUUGCUUUGAGUAAAGCUUAUAAAAUAAUUUGUCGCAGCACGCUCUAGCAAGUAAACAAAGCUUUAUAUCCAUCAAGGUGAGUUACCUGAUCGCGAAGUGGAAAGUAGCUUCAUCUCCCACACAAGGCAUCAUGACUGACAGGAAGGCAGUAAUCAAGAAUGCUGACAUGUCAGAGGACAUGCAGCAGGAUGCAGUGGACUGUGCUACCCAGGCCAUGGAGAAGUACAAUAUAGAGAAGGACAUUGCGGCCUACAUAAAGAAGGAAUUUGACAAGAAGUAUAACCCAACAUGGCAUUGCAUUGUUGGGAGGAACUUCGGCAGCUACGUCACUCAUGAGACAAAGCAUUUCAUCUACUUCUAUUUGGGGCAGGUGGCCAUCCUCCUCUUCAAGUCUGGCUGAGUUCAGUGAGGCCUGGAGUGCCGCUCCUCCCAACCUGGACUGUAAUGCACUGGUGGCUGAUGUCACAACUUCCCACACACUUCAAAUAUUAAAAUGAAAACAUACCAUGAUGAUACACAACUGGCUGUGCGCAACUGCAUGGAUUAAGAUGUACCAUAUUUAAUGUGUAUAUGUUACAGUACAAAUACUACUUUCACUAGUUGCCAUAAAAUGCAACUGGAAGAGAUUUUUGUUAAUGCUGUUCUACAUUUUGUUAUACUUAAGUUGUAAAUGCUUUAACAGUGGCCUUUGAUUGUAUAAUAAAGGAAAGCUAGAGAAUGUA